UUUAUAUACUCAUCUGUAAGGGCCGUGGUCAGCUACAAAAGUAAAAUGGGUGGAUGGAAAAAAGAUAUUAAAAAUGAGGCAAAACUUUUUGAUGAAAUGGGUUUAAACAUGAAAGAAGCACAUACUGCAAAGGUAGCAGUUGUAAAAUUGGAUGAAAAGUAUGGUUUAAGGAAUCAGGGAGUAUUUGCAACCCAAAAUAUUCAUCAAGGCGAAGUUAUUUUCCGAUGUGACCCAUCUGUUUGUGAUUACGAUAAUGCAGAUUUGUUAAAAACUAAGGACGAAAUGAACGAGUAUUUUGUCAAAUUUCCUCAAUGCAAAGAAUAUAUAGUUAGAUAUACUCAUAUGGUUGAUCAUGAUACGUACGUAUUACCGAAGAAUUGGGAAGAACUGAAGUUAGAAUGUAUUUGUACACUGUUUAACCACAGUUGUCAACCAAACAGCGCAUUAGUAGAAAACGACCAUUUUGUUGCACUAAGAGAUAUUGCAGCUGGUGAAGAGCUUACGUAUGACUAUCAAACUUUAGAGACAGAGGCGAGCCUUGAUGUUGGAUUAAACUGCAAAUGCGGUUCUGAUAAUUGUCGUGGUGUGCUUUUGUAUGAUUUAUAUAGGAAUGAUAAAUGGCAGAGUAUGUUUUAUGAUUAUUGCUCCCCUUAUGUUAAAGAUCAAAUUGACAAUUUAAAAACAAGAUGGUUUUCAUCGGAGUGUUAUGUUAAGCGCUUAGAUGGUUCACAGUUAGGAUUAGUUGCCACAAAAGCAAUUGCAAAAAACACGUUGGUGGCCAUUUUUUCAAAUGAUGUAAGACCUGAGUUACAUUACCUUAGACCUAGUAUUAUUCCAAAUUGCAUUGUUAUUGAAAACAAAGUUUUCACUGCAAAAGAUAUAAAGCCUGGUGAAGAAAUGACUUUAGAUUAUACUAAACUAAACAACCAAUCAAAAUAAAUCAUAAAUCAUUUAAAAAUUUAUCCAUUUGUUCCAAAUUUAACUUACUACCUAUAUUUAGUUAGAUAUUUGCUAAUUUCUGAAUUUUUUUGAAGCUCUUGUUGACACUGUUUUGUUCUAAAAUAUGUUGAAAUAUUAUAACUAAUUAAAUACAAUUAAUACUUACUUUUAUUUUUUAAAGUUAUCUAAUUUUACAAAUGUAUUAUUAUUUUACUAAAAAAGCGAAUAUUCAUUCUUUGCCAGUUUACCGAAUAGAUUUUGAAACUAGCAACUCAAGUUUAUAAUAUUACUUGUAGCUUCUUCUUGCUUUUCUACUUAUGAAUUAAUACCCAUGAAUUAUUUUAGUAUGUUUGUCAUACUUUUUUACUCAAUUGCUGUAAUUUUUUUUUUGGUAAUUAAUUUUGAAAAAAUUAUCUAAAAAAAUA